GUACUUCCUGGGGGAUCAAAAGCACUUCCGGGGAACGAGGUUCGUCUUGAGUGGGAGAGAUAAGGCAGUGUAAUUUUGUUGGAAGUGUACUUAAGGACUUCACUAAUGGCUACUGAGUUGGAUUUUUCACCCCCUGAAAUCCCAGAGCCCACCUUUAUGGAGAACAUCUUACACUAUGGCCUUUUCUUUGGGGCCAUUUUCCAGCUUAUUUGUGUUCUGGCGAUAAUCCUCCCUGUUCCAAAGACAUAUAAAAUGGAUGCUGAAAGCUUUGAGACGAAAAGUGCUGAAGUAGUCAAGAAACCCAAAAUUGCUGCCCUCUCAGUGAACAAGAAGCUCAAAAAAGAAACAAAGAAGAAACGAUAAAAUGAUAUCAUGAUGAAAUUUUCACAGCAACCUUAUGGAAACAAGUCAAAUUGCAGUGAAGAUGACACUGCAAAUAUGUUUGAUAAAGCUGUCCUUAUUCUGGUUUUGAGGAAGUAGAUAACACUUUCUAAAAUGGCUCCAGGUUCAUUGUUUCACCUGAUCUGUAAUAAAUAACCUGUGAGGUUAGUGAGAAAUACCUUACAGUUUGGUUCAGUAACAGGAAAACAAUCUUGUUUGAGGGGCAUCUGGAUCAUAGACACGUCCCAUUACAACACUAUUUUCCAUGUUUUAAACAGUGGGAUUGAACACUCUACUACUUUUGUAUGUUGUUAAUAUAAUUGGUUAUAGUAUUACUCUUUCAUUUUUUUAUUAAAAAACAGUCCUAAUAACUAUC